UCUGGAAGAAGUCCAUUGUUUAUUAGAAUACUAACCUCAAAUUUCAAAAAAAAUGUUUAAAUGCAUUUAUUUUGUUACUUAAAUGUAAUUAAGACUAGUGUAAGAAUAUUAUGUACGAAUCAAGCGAAACCGAUAAUGAAAUAUUUAAAUGUAGCUGAGAAAAAUGACGCGGCGAAGAAUAUUGCCGCUCUUUUAUCAAGGGGUGCCUCCACCAGGAGGGAAGGUUUGUCGAACUACAAUAAAAUUUACGAAUUUGACACCACAAUCUUCGGACAACCGGCCCGGAUGGUUAUGACUUCGGUCUCCGGUCAUUUGCUCAACUACGAAUUUGUGACGACCUACCGAGCGUGGCAAUCGUGUCAUCCCGUAGCGUUAUUCGAUGCGCCCGUCGUGAAACAAUGCCCUGCGAAUUACGAUAAUAUUAAAAGGACCCUCGAGCGCGAGAUACGCCAAUGUCAGGGGUUAAUUAUAUGGACUGAUUGUGAUCGAGAGGGGGAGAACAUCGGGUUUGAGGUCAUUAAGGUUUGUACCGACAUUAAACCGAAUAUACCGGUCUACAGAGCUAAGUUUUCCGAAAUUACCGCCGCCUCGGUGUUUCGUGCCUUAAACACUUUGGGACAACCGAAUAAAAAUAUUAGCGACGCCGUUGAUGUUCGCCAGGAGCUUGAUUUGAGAACAGGUGCUGCGUUUACGAGGUUACAAACGCUGAGGUUUCAGAAGGUAUUUCCCGAUAAGCUGUCAGAUAAACUCAUUAGUUACGGCUCGUGUCAAUUUCCUACCUUGGGAUUUGUGGUCGAACGGUACAAUGCGAUUGAGGAAUUUGUACCGGAAGAUUUUUGGAGGAUUAAAAUGAACCACACGAUGAAAGACUUGACGGUAGAUUUUAACUGGAAGCGCGACCGUCUGUUUGACAAAAACGCCUGCGAGGCAAUUCUGGAUAUAUGCCAGGAAAAUCCUCAGGCAACCGUCGAAGAGGUGGAGAGCAAGUCGAAAAGCAAGUGGCGACCUUUGCCGCUGGACACGGUCGAAUUGGAAAAGACGGCAUCUCGCAAGCUGAGAAUAAACGCAAAGGACACGAUGAAAAUCGCCGAGAAAUUAUACACGCAAGGUCUUAUAAGUUAUCCACGUACGGAAACGAAUAUUUUCCCGAGAGAACUGAAUUUGGUGCCGUUGGUGGAACAACAGACCGUCGAUAAUCGAUGGGGGCCUUUCGCGCAGCGUGUUCUCAACGAAGGUGGGCCAAAUCCGAGACAAGGGCGUAAAUCUGAUCAGGCUCACCCUCCCAUUCACCCUACAAAGUACGCCAACAACUUGAACGGCAACGAGCAGCGAAUUUACGAGUACAUCGUAAGACACUUUCUGGCCUGCGUCAGUAAAGACGCGAUGGGACACGAAACCGUCGUACACGUCGAUAUCGCCGACGAAAAAUUUCUCGCCAAGGGUUUGUUUAUACUCGAAAGAAACUACCUGGACGUCUACACCUACGAUCGAUGGAACGCGAAGGAGAUACACGAGUACCGGGUCGGCGAAACCUUCAUGCCGUCCAACCUUUCACUGGCCGAAAGUACCACAUCGCCGCCUAAGUUGCUUACCGAAGCCGAUUUAAUUGCGCUUAUGGAAAAGUACGGUAUCGGAACCGACGCGACUCACGCUGAGCAUAUCGAAACAAUUAAAACGCGCGAGUACGUCGGAUUACACGAGAAUAUUUAUUUCGUUCCGGGCACGCUCGGAAUGGGAUUGGUUGAAGGGUACAACCGGAUUGGUCUAGAGGUAUCUUUAGCCAAACCCAAUUUGCGUGCAGAUUUUGAGAAAGAUUUAAAACUAAUCUGCGACGGUCACAAAAAUCCCGAAACGGUGCGUCGCGAGCAAAUCGAAAAAUACAGGGCGGUGUUUGGGAUUGUAACCGAAAGAAUUUUGGAAAUCGACGACAGCCUAGGAAAUCGGCUGGAGGACAGACCGCGCCCGUUGGAGAACGAGGCGAUCCCGCAAGACGAUUUCAGACCUGUCAUGAAAUGCCCCAAGUGUAACGGCGAUUUAGUUAUUCGCAAUCGCAAGACGGGCACAGGGAAGUAUUUGAGUUGUACCUCGUAUCCUCAGUGUAAAAAUGCAAUUUGGCUUCCGGUUUCGAUCGAUACGAUCGAGGUGCUCGAGGAAAGUUGUAAUAUUUGUGGACCUACGGUUAAGAAGUUAAGGGUGAAGUUUAAGCACAAUCCGUUUUUGGGCGAGCCGAACCCAAACACUAUUUGUAUUGGGGGGUGCGAUAAUAUUGUUUUGGAUACAUUGAACAUUAGCGCAUCGUCAGUAAGAGGGGCAAAUAGGACGAAUGCGCCCAGUACGAAUCGGGCACCAACUAACAACCGAAACGUUGCGCCCAAUCAGAGUACAUUAAAUAAUUGGGUAACCGGAUCAAACAGAACCAAUUCCUCCUCUCAACCAUCAACCAGCACUCGUCAAGCAACUUCCAAUGAUACGCGUGAUGAUGCUAAUGCAUCGCUUUCAUACUCAAACGCGCCCACUUUUCCCAUGCCCGCUCAAACUGCGCGCCCAACCCAAACUGUUCGCCCAUCUAAUCCGGGCACUUCAAAUUCUCGACCGCGAAGUUUCUUGGACGCCCCCACACCUCGAGGGCAACAAGGAGACGUCGCGAACGGACCAAACGCGAACGUGUGCAGUUGCAAUCAGGAAGCCACGCUGCUCACUGUACGAAAGGAAGGUCCAAACAAAGGACGACAAUUUUACGCGUGUCCGAAUAGGUCGUGCAAUUAUUUCGCUUGGGCGUCCGAAAGUGAGCCGAACGCGAUGCGGCAGAACGCAGCCCCCCACGCGAACGCGGUGCGACAAAACGGAGCACCUACCAUAGGAGGGCUAAAGUGCGAUUGUAAUUUAGAUGCUGCCGAACGGAUAGUGAGCAAAGAUGGGCCGAAUAAGGGCCGGAGAUUUUUUUGCUGUCCGAAACCGAUGGGGGAAGGUUGCAGAUUUUUCAAAUGGGCGGAUGAUGUUAAUGGUACAAACGGCAACGAUAAUGGGCACGAUCCGUACAAUGGCCCUGGAGGAGCUCCGAACACCAGCUGGAACAGUGGCGGUGGUGGUGGUGGUGGAGGUAAUUGGAGGAAAAAGAACACCAACUGGAAAAGUAAAAAGAAAACAAAAAGCACUGGUACACUUAAGCCUUAUAAUAAAAACGCUACACAACGGAAACCAAAGACAUGUGGGAUAUGUCGACAAGAAGGUCACAUUCGUACUAACUGCCCUAAUCAACGUAAUUAAUUUUUGUACAAUUUGUAAAUAUAUCUAUGAUGUUAAUCUUAUUUCUUCAAUCUGCUAAGUUCGCGUUGUUGCAGGUUAUUCUCUGCAGUAGCUUGUGUGAGCUGCAAUGUAUUAAUGUAUAUUUUAAAUCCCUAGACAACUCACUUACCAUAUUAAGAAGAAUUUGUAUCUUUAACUUAAGUAAAUUAUUUUCCUCUUCA